ACUAGGUACAGGUGGUGUCGGUGUCGAUGGUGUGCCAAAAGCCUAGCUAAAAUUCGCUAAAUUAUAUCGAUGUGUGUAGAUAAAUUGUUUAUACAGAUUUUCCUACAGUUUGCUGGAUGAUGUUAAAUGGAGUCGAGCUGAUUGUAUCGCGAGCAAGAUGUCCACUGAUUUCAUCAAAAAGGACAGCUGGAUGAACAGAACCAAAAACCAUGGCAACCGAUAAUUUGACAGUGCGCUUGCCGCAGAUGCUAAGCCUCCUUCAACAGAGCAACCACAACUCUAGGUGGCGAGAUCGAACAAUUGCUCCCUGCCUCUUGUCAAGAACAUGUACAUAUAAUUGGCUGUGCAGAUGCCUUCUCACGGUAUUGCUGUUCCUAGGUCUUCCCAAUUUAAGCAAUGUUCAUGCGCGAGAUGUCAGGCCCCAACGGGAACAUUACACCCCUAAUUACAACUACUACCACAACGUCUCACAAAUCGGCACCCAGAUCCAAAAGCUAGUCGCCAGGAAUCCAAACUACAUCAAGUUAGACCUGCAGUACAAGUCCCGCAGUAGCAUCCCUCAGUACGUCUUGCACAUUUCAAAUUUCUCAAAUGCGAGGACGGAAUCCGGGUCGUUCAGCGUCAGCAUGGCGAAACCCAAGAUUUUGUUGUCGUUCGGGGAGCACGCGCGGGAGUUUUUCCCGGUCGAGAGCCUCUUCUAUCUCCUGAACAACAUCACCCGCGGUUUGAGCGCUCCGCACGGUUCUCCCACGGAGAGCUUUUCUCGGCUGAUCCUUAGCCGCGUUGAUCUGUAUGUCAUUGGCAUGGCCAAUCCCGACGGGAGACGGCACAUCGAGAGGACCAAGAACUUUUGCUGGAGGGGGACCAGCGUUGGUGUGGACCUGAAUAGGAACUUUGACUGGAGAUACGGUGGGAAAGGAAGUUCUGGUGACCCGAAGGAUGAGGAGUACAGGGGGCCAUUUGUUCACUCUGAGCCAGAAUGUCAAGUUUACCUGGACCUUACGUCUCUUCACGCCUUUGAUGCCUUCCUGUCACUACACUCAGGGAUCAAGCAAAUAUACAUACCAUUUGCAGAUUCAGAAUCCAAGAAAACCAAUGCAAAGCCUGUGUACUUGGAUGAGCAGUUGGAUAUGGCUCAGAUGAUGGCUCAGGCUACCCAGAAUGCCUUUUCCUAUGGCGUGGCUUACAACCUCAACGACUACCCAGCAGAUGGGACAGUGUUUGACUACAUGGCAGGCGUCAGAAAGAUUCCAUUUUCGUUUGCCAUUGAGUUAUGGGGCGAGGGAGACAGCAAUAAAGUAAAAUGCUUUGACCUGUUCAACCCUUCCCAUGCGACUUUACAGGGUGCACUCCAAGAUAUCAUGCCCAUAUACGACACGCUGUUUACAUACAUGAUUCACUGGAAAGAAAAACAAGUCCAUAAGUUGUUUCACCAAGACGAGGAGCCUGAGUUUGGUCUCCCAUUUGGCUACAUUUUAGUAGCCAUCACCUUCUGCCUGUUUGUUCUGAUGCUGUGCCACCAGUACAAGCCCUAUGGGUUCCACUUCUACCAACGGAAGCGGGUCGUCAGCCUCCGUUCCCUCAGCUCAACGUUUGCGGCCGCCAGUGGCAUCAAGAUGACAUGAUGACAGUAGGAGAAAUCCAAAGUGCAGUACGUCGCUAAUCACUCCCCUUAAGUAAUAUAAUAAACGAAUAUUCAUAAAGUGAACAUAUUCGCCAGUAUUG